ACCCCUCCCCAAAAUCGGUCUUUAAUCCCUAAAAUCAUCGCCAACUUCUUUCCCCCACCGCCUACCACCCCUCCCCAAAAUCGGUCUUUAAUCCCUAAAAUCUUCGCCUCAGCACCUCUUCCGUUUCGAUCGCCGCAGCAGCAACCUUAAAGGGCGGAGUCAUCAGAGGAAUUUAGUGAAUUGGGUAGAAUGAGAUCUUCCCCUCCGAGGCGGAAUUCUUCGGCUGCUCUAGUCGGUGCCAAUAACGAUCUUAUUAGGGAAAUUCUAUUGCGUAUGCCUGCAAAGAAUGCUGUCAGACUCAAAUUGGUGUCAAAGAGUUGGCUGUCUCUCUUCUCCGAUAUCAGUUUCAUCCCUGGUCGGAAUUCUAAUGCAACCUCUGGUCUCAUCAUUAUGGAAGGUGGCAUGUCGAAACCAAGGUACUCCUAUGUUUCUCUAGAUGAAAGUAAAAGAACAACAGAUGAUGAACCAACAAGAUACAUUCGUUUUUUUGACCCCCAUGCUCCGGCUCCUCUAAAGAUUUCAGAUUCCUGUAAUGGCUUGUUUCUUUGUUACGCAAAAGCAACAGCAUACCAGGCCAUCCAAACCAGACUUUACGUUGUCAAUCCUAGCACCCACCAAUUCACCACUCUUCCUUUACCCCCUACCCAUCAAACAAAUUGGAAAGAUUUCAGGUUAGUGUCUGAUCCCUGCAAGUCAUCUGUGUACCUGGUUUACGGAAUUGAUCUCUCAGAUUCAGAUUCAGAUUCAGAUUCAGUUUGUAAUAUCCUUGAAUAUUCGUCUCUCACUGGAGUUUGGAAUUUGUUUCCUGUGGAUGACUUCGAUCUAGUCCAUAGACGUUUUAAAGGAGCGUUUUGCAAUGGUGCUCUUCAUUGGGUCCGUAAAGAUGGAUAUUCUUAUCGUUUUGAUGUCAGUCAGAAGUCAAUAAAAAAGUUACCAAAGCCUCCACUUCCUGAGUAUUGGAAGAGUGGUACUGAUCUCCAAUAUUUUGGGGAAUAUGAGGGCAACUUGUAUUUUAUUGCUCAUGAUACAGGAUCGUCAACAUUGAUUGUCUAUGAGUUGCACAAAGACUGCUCUGGAUGGUUUAUGAAGUACAGUUUAGCCACAAUAGACAUUAAUAUUCAAUUUCAAAUGAGUCCUAAUUUCCAACAGCUCGGAUACUUGUGUUGCUCGGUGCUUUCAUUGGUGAAGGUUAAGAAUGAAGGGCCAAAGCUUGUAAUGUGGAUGCGAAACGGUAAGAUCAUAUCUUAUAGCUUCAAGGAUAAUACUUUCAGCAAGCAUUGUGAUCAUGUGGAAAAUAAAUAUGGGAAGUGCAAGGCUUUUAAGUUCUAAGGUGGGACUUGGUCACGCAUCUGAUUGGGAUGAUUAGACCAUAGCUAGUGCCUUUUUGGAUGAAAAUUGUAACAGUAAUCAUCUAUAUAUUUUAUAUGAUUCGCCAAAUUUCUUAUUUGUAUCCUGUAUAUUAUUUUUAUCUUUC